GCCCAUAAAAGCCUUGCGGGCCGAACCAGUUCCCAGCCUCGCUGUGGAUCACUCACGCCGACGAGAAGAAGCCCGCAUCUCUUGGCCGCGACGGUGCUUGCAGCAGCAGGUGAUAACCUGAGUCCCCGAGCCCGGCACCGGAGGGCGAGAUGAACGCGCUGGCCUCCCGAGCCGUCCAGAUCUGCGAUCGCUGGUGGCACCCCGAGCCGGCGUUCUUGCCCCCCGGGUGACGCGCAGCCCCGAGUCGCCCAGACAGAUGGCCCCAGGCCAAGUACCCCAUCAGCCUGCCCCCUGGAGGGAUACCUACCCCUUUUUCCUCCUGUCCCCGCUGAUGGGCCUUCUCAGCAGGGCCUGGAGCCACCUGAGGGGCCCAGGACCUCCAGAACCCUGGAUGUUGGAAGCAUUAACCGGAACCCAUCCGGGAGAAGCUGGCCCGGGGGGAGAAGCUAAGACAUUUCCCGCCACCUGCCAUGCCCCCUGGGGCAGGUACUUUCAAGGGGAGACUGGAGACAGUGGAGCAGCUGAGGAUGAUGAAGUGUUCUGGGAGGGCUGCCAUGAUCUAAAAGCCAACAGUUCUCCUCUUGAAGCCUGGGAGUUUUCAGAGGAUGAUGAAGAGUAUGGUGGGGAACAAGCAACUAGUGUCCCUAAAGAGCAGGGAAGUGAAUUUAUAGAUGGCCAGCCUGCUUCCUUGUCCCCCAGCCUUCUGGUAAGAGCCCUGCAAGAACCUCCUGGAGAGGAGAAAUCUGAGGAAGGAGCUGCGGAAGUUGAAGUGGUCACGUUCUUCUCUUUUCCUCCAUCACACUCACCAGGGGAGGAGGAGGAAGAGGAGGGAGAAGCUGUAAACAAAGAAGCUGCCAGAAGCCCUACUGCCCCUUUAUCUCCAGGAUCCAAGCCCAAAGCUUGGGUGUACUGUGCUGGGGAGGAAGAGGAUCAAGCCACAGAGGAAAAAAGAACAGAGAAUAAAGAAGUCAUAAAGAACUCCGUUUCCCCCUCAUUUUCAGGCUUUCACCCCAGGGCCUGGGAGUGUUGUUCAGGAGAGGAAUCUGAGGAGGAGGAAGAUGAAUUCAGUGAUUCAGGAGCAGCUGAGGAGGAGGGAGAAGCUGAGGGUCCCUCUUCCAUCCCAUCCACAAGUGCCCUUGUGAGGGCCUGGGUGUAUCGACCAGGAGAGGACACAGAGGAAGAAGAUGAGGACAGUGACUGGGGAUCAGCUGAGGGUCCCUCUUCCAUCCCAUCUACAAGUGCCCUUGUGAGGGCUUGGGUAUAUCGACCAGGAGAGGACACAGAGGAAGAAGAGGACAGUGAUUGGGGAGCAGCUGAGGAGGAGGGAGAAGCUGAGGGUCCCUCUUCCAUCCCGUCCACAAGUGCCCUUGUGAGGGCCUGGGUGUAUCGACCAGGAGAGGACACGGAGGAAGAAGAUGAGGACAGUGACUGGGGAUCAGCUGAGGGUCCCUCUUCCAUCCCAUCUACAAGUGCCCUUGUGAGGGCUUGGGUAUAUCGACCAGGAGAGGACACAGAGGAAGAAGAGGACAGUGAUUGGGGAGCAGCUGAGGAGGAGGGAGAAGCUGAGGGUCCCUCUUCCAUCCCAUCCACAAGUGCCCUCGUGAGGGCUUGGGUGUAUCGACCAGGAGAGGACACAGAGUUAGAAGAUGAGGACAGUGAUUGGGGAGCAGCUGAGGAGGAAGGAGAAGCUGAGGCCACAGAUACCUUUUCAAGGGCCUGGGUAUAUAGGCCAGGAGAGGACACAGAGCCGGAAGAGGAUUCAGAAGCAGCUAACUCUGAGCCAAGUCCCUCCCUUCAGGCUCAGAGCACCCUCCACCGGGGCUGGACAUACCGGCCUGGAGAGGACACAGAGGGAGGGGAAGUUGCUGAGGAGUGGGGAGAAGCUGAGCCCUGCCCCUUCCGAGUGGCCAUCUAUUUACCUGGGGAGAAGCCACCACCUCCCUGGGCUCGUCCUCGGCUGCCCCUCCGACUGCAGAGGCGACUCAAGCCCACAGAAACCCCCACCCGGCAUCCAGACCCUGAGACUCCCCUAAAGGCCAGAAAGGUACACUUCUCUGAGAAGGUCUCUGUCCAUCUCCUGGCUGUCUGGGCAGGACCGGCCCAGGCCGCCCGCCGGGGACCUUGGGAGCAGCUCGCCCGGGAUCGCAGUCGCUUCGCCUGGCGGAUUGCCCAGGCACAGGAGCAGCUGGGCCCCUGUCUCACCCCUGCCGCCCGGGCCAGGGCCUGGGCCCGCUGUGGGAACCCUACCCCUCCUCUGGCCGCCACACCUGCUCCUCCCCAGAUCUCACCAUUGUCCUCCAUCCAGGCCACACCCUUGAGCCAUGUUGGGGCAUCUCCCUCCACUCCUGUGUCCCCGUCUCCUUGCCUGGACCUCAGUGGGAGGAGUGGCUAAGAUCAUGGAGUUUCCUGUUUCUAUUAGCUAUUUAUUUUGGGGGGGUUGUUAUAUCUAAGAAAUAAAACCUGCUGAUUUGUAGCAAAGCAA